AUGAUGAAAAUGUUACCUUUUUUCCAAAAUGGUCCCAUUGGAAUAUGCAAUGGAUCAGAGGGUUGCAUUGAUGCAGACAGGCAGCUUGAAAACCCUUCGACAUCAGUAGCUAAGCAAAUCCCUGCUUGUCCUGAACGUUCUGGAGACGAGAUCUGGUCCAGGGACCAGGAGAAGAUGAGUGAAAGGCCAGAGGGAGCCUACAGAGCCUCACGUGCAUCUUCCAUCGCGAGCAAUGGGAGCAGCACCUCUGCUGGGGACAGCCCUGAAAAGGGGAAGAAAGGAAUAAAGGAAAUCUUUACGAAUGCGUUUAAGAAAAUUAAAAAGAUCAAGACACCCAGUGUCAAAAAAAUCAUGGAUCUCCUUGAAGAGCAGAAGCUUUGCGAAGCCACUCAGCAUCUGAUUGUCCUGCAGAAGAGCCUGUCUAGCAAAAGUGAGGAGGGACUGAACACCAGCCAGCAAGAUGUUGAGUCCAUAUACGAAGUUCUGAAUUACAAAGUCUUCGGCAUCUUGAAAGACUCCAUACUGCUAGCGAAAACAAACCCAGAUCUGCUGCAGCAGGCAGUAGAGGCACUGAAAGAGCAGGAGAAAGAAGAUCAGAACUACAUGGCAGAGAAUCCACCUGACCCAAAUAUGCCAUUUAGACCUAGAAAAUGGAAAGAGCUUUGGAUGGCUACAGUAAAGGAGUCAGUAGAGACUCGAAUGAAGGACACAAGGCGUACUCCUAGAGCUGAGAACCUCUCUGCAGUUGGCCAGAAUCUCCUGCACAUGGGAAAGACAAUGAAAGAGGAUUUGACAGUAGUUGUGAAGUACAUUAAACAGCUUUAUCCUCCUGAGUUUAAUGUGUUCAGCAUAUAUGCAGAACUCUACCACAAUUAUUUUGCCUCCCAGACAAAGAAAAGUGCUGAGUCUCAUCUGGAAGACAAGGACAUUUAUCUUCUCCUCUCAUGGGUGCACAAUUUUUAUCCAAAAGAUAUGAGAAAAGAUCAUGUUUUAGCCGAGGAGCUGGAAAAAGUUCAGCUUGGAAGCCUCUUACCAUCAAGUCUGAACAAAGAGCUUGAAAAGAAAUACCUUGACAGAGAAGAGGCUACUAUAAAAACUUUGCUGAGCAGAUGUUUAGAUAAAGAAAUCCAGAGAUGGAAAGAAGAAGAAGAACCGGAGAAAUUCAGUGGCCAUUUUCAGAGUGAACUACUAGGAAUAUUUGUUAUCCAGAGUAUCUACAGUGGCCAGCAGCGAGCCAAGGACAUCAGCACGGCAGUGGGAGAGGAGCUGUCACAUCGCCUGUGGAAGGAGCUCCCUGCCUUCCUGAAAAGCUACAAGGAUGCUUUUGAAGACUUUAAGGAGAAAAGCAAGAAGCACAGAUACUACAAGCCUAUAGUGAUAGCAAGUGUUAACAACUGCUGGAAUUUUAGAGACUACACAGAGAAGAACAUGUCAGAAAAGGAUGACAAUAAAGCCAGUAUCCUCAGCACGCUCAGCGACAUUGAAAACAGUGGCUUUGAUGUGCUGCUUCAGCAGCUGUUUGUCCAGCUGAAG